AUGGCCAAUCUCACUGUGGUGACAGGAUCCCUCCUCAUGGGCUUUUCCAACAUCUGGGAGCUACAGGUCUUACAUGCAAUAUUCUUCUUGCUGAUCUACCUAGUGGCUAUAAUGGGGAAUAUUCUUAUUUUCACCCUCAUUUCUCUUGAUGGGAAACUCCAUACUCCUAUGUACUUCUUCCUGAAGAACCUCUCCUUUUUAGACCUCUGCCUUCUUUCCACCACAAUCCCCAAAUCAAUUGCUAACUCUCUAACUCGCACCUGCUACAUCUCUUUUUGGGGGUGUGUCUCCCAGCUCUUUUUAAUGGUGUUAUUCGUAGCAUCAGAGCUUUUUCUCCUCACAAUGAUGUCCUGUGACCGCUAUGUGGCCAUUUGUCAGCCCCUUCACUAUGAGCUCAUCAUGACUAGAGGGGCUUGUGUGAAGAUGGCAGCUGCUUCCUGGCUCACUGGAGGCUUGUUUGGGGCCCUGUACUCAACUAGUGUAUUCACUUUGCCCUUCUGUGGCUCCAAGGAGAUCCACCAGUUCUUCUGUGAUGUCCCUCCCUUGCUCAAGAUCUCCUGCUCUGAAACACACCUUGCACUUGAUGUCAGUGUGGCUUUUGGGAUUGGUAAAAUGGUUUUCUGCUCUAUUUACAUCACAAUCUCUUACAGUCAUAUCUUCUCAACUGUCCUGAAGAUUCCAACCAGAGAGGGUAGGUCAAAAGCCUUCUCCACUUGCCUGCCCCACCUCAUUGUUCUCAUGGUUUUUACCACCACAGCUGUCAUUGCUUAUCUACAGCCACCCCAGGAAUCUGACUCACUUCUAGAUCUGUUGUUGCCCAUGUUCUAUACAGUGCUGCCCCCAACCAUGAACCCAUUCAUCUAUAGUCUGAGGAACAAGGACAUGAAGACUGCUUUGAUGAAACUCAUAGCCUGGGAAUACUUCUCAAAGGGAUUAAUACCAAAAUCUUUUCCAUGA